AAAAAAAAAAAAUCCUUUUUUCUAGAAAAAUCCUAUUAUGGUAUGGUCUCACAAAGGCAAAAGUUGGCUCAGCCGUAGCCUCCUUGCUGAAACCCGUUCUCCGGUGACACUGAGAAGCUUUCUUUUUUGUCACUAUGUUGAGUCUUGCAUGAAAGAGGAAAGAAGGUUGGAUGCACACAUGGUGCGAGGAGGAACAAGGGUGGUCUCGCGUACAUCAUACGCGCUGAAGAUGGGGCUAUCGGACGGCUUGGAGACACCUGAAACUUUACACGCGCUUCACUGGCGCAUGGUUUGGCCACUCAAGGAGUCUUGGAGCAAUCAGGUCCAUCAGAUCAAGCCAGAUCUAACGGCAUGGAGGUUCGAUGGCAUUAGCUAAUGUGGGAACCCUAAUUUGGGUUGAUCUAGACCACUUGAACAUUGGUAGAUCCAAGGGCUGAGAUGUAGCAGCGGCUAGGGUUACACAAACUCUAGGGUUUCCAUGUUUCUUAAUAUUUUGAACUGCUUGGCCAACUUGAAUAUGGGCUAAUCUGUUUUGGUUUUUGGGUUAUGUUUUGGACUGUAACUUGGACAUUUUUCAAUUAUUUGGGCUAAAUGAGCCCGGACAAAAAUGACAUAUUACAAUA